CGCAUUCUCAUCGAGAUGAAUGACGUCGAGGCCGAAGGCACGCGCGUUUUUUUGCUGCACCCGAUCGAGGGUCACGUGGACGCGCUGCGCGAGCUGGCCGCCCAGCUCCCUGUGCACGCGGUAGGCGUGCAGUGGACGCCUGGCGUUCCCGCCCGAACCGUUGAAGAGAUGGCCGCCGCGUAUCUUCAGGAAAUAUUCGAACUGCAACCCGAGGGCCCGUACCAUGUGAGUGGCUACUCGUUCGGUGCCAUGGUCGCGUUCGAGAUGGCCCUGCAGCUCCAAGCCUCGGGCGCCUCGGUCGGCAGCGUCACUCUGCUGGACGGCGCACCAAAGAGCAUCGCCGCCGACUUGGAUCAUCGUCGCUCCCAAUUCAGCGAUAGCGAGGAGGAGCACGAGACGGCGCUCUUCUGCGGUUUCCUCGCUGAUUACUUCGACCUGGACAUCACAGAGCUCCGGGGCCAGUUGGACAAGUGCUUGGGCUGGGAUGCCAAACUAGAAGCCGCCAUCGACAUCAUCUUGAAGGCCCUCCCCGACGGGCUGCCUAGGUCGCGAAAGACUUUGUCAUGCCCAUACACGUCUUCUGCGAUUUCGUGCGAGCGGCUUCGCUCUACGUACCAAGCGCAAUAUUCCACGGAGACGUGGUGCUGGUCAGGGCAUCCAGGCCGCCGAGGAUGUUGCGUCAGCUGCCCAACGACUACGGUCUGUCGGAGUGUUGCGACGGCAAAAUCAGGGUCAACGUAGUGGAAGGUCAUCAUCAAAGCAUUGUGCGUGGACAAGGAGCUCUGCAGUGCGCGGCCAUCAUCCGUGGGCAGAUGCAACGAUGCUGCUCGCUGACGGAAAUGCCAUCAUGAAGAGCCAAGCUCAAGUAGCCGACACUUAAAAGAACGUUUUGAUAAGUUUGAAAAAAAA